UCACAUACUACCUUCUUGUUCUACCAAACUGAAGUAGUCAAAAAAAAGUAUGGCGACUUCCAGUGUUUUCAGACCAGGCUUGUUCAAUAACAGAGUCGCAGUGGUGACGGGAGGAGGCACCGGCAUCGGCAAAGCUAUUUCUGCAGAGCUGCUGGAGCUCGGCUGCAGUGUGGUGAUCUCCAGUAGAAAGGCGGACAGGCUGGAGGAAGCAGCGCAGGAGAUGAGACAAAAAAUCCCUCCCUCCAGCCCUGCACGUGUCACUCCCCUACCCUGCAACAUCCGCAAUGAAGAUGAGGUGAAAGCUCUUGUGUCCUCGGUGCUGAAGGAGUUCGGCAGAAUAGACUUCCUAGUGAACAAUGGAGGAGGACAGUUCAGCAGCCCAACAGAGCACAUGUCCUACAAAGGCUGGAAAGCUGUGAUAGACACCAACCUGACUGGAACCUUUCACUGCUGCAGAGAGGUCUACACUGCCUGGAUGAAACAGCACGGAGGUGCAAUCGUCAACAUCAUUGCUGACAUGUGGAAGGGUUUCCCAGGCAUGGCACACACUGGGGCAGCGAGGGCAGCGGUGGACAACUUAACCAAGAGUCUGGCCAUCGAGUGGGCACACGCCGGAGUCAGAGUCAACGCUGUGGCACCUGGAACAAUAUUUUCCAAAACUGCUAUGACAAACUACAAGGAGCUUGGACCAACACUUUUCAAGAUGUCUAUUCCAUUCAGUCCUGCAAAGAGGCUGGGAGUACCAGAAGAGGUCUCCUCAGCAGUGUGUUUCCUGCUCUCUCCUGCGGCCUCCUACGUCUCUGGAGCAACGUUGAAGGUUGAUGCAGGACAGAGCCUGUACCACUCUAUGUGGGAGAUACCAGACCAUAGUGCAUGGCCUGAAGCUCCAGAGGGAGAGAACCUGGAGUCUCUGAAGGAGCUGCUUCAUCCUAAAAGCAAACUAUAACAAAGCCCAGUAUUAACAUGUAUAUUUUGUCAAAGGACUGUGGCUCAUGAGUUGUUCAAAACCCAGAAGUCAUAUUACUGAAACAUCGUGGUGGACUGCUGAUUUUUAGGCACUUAUAACCGACAUAUAUCCUAUACAUGAUUGUUUGUAAUUCAGAACAGCAGCAAAGUAUGAUCACUUUCCUGAAUAAUGCAAUGUGACAUCAUGAAAUACUUUUGGUCUUUGGUAAGUAAACAUGCUGUCUUCAAACAUGAUUACCACAAAGUUCAGUACAAAGGAGACAGAAGAAUAACAUACAUAAGACAUAAAACAAGAAAUGUAAAUGAUUCAGGAGACCUUUUUUCCAAUGGUAUGUUCUCUCGCUCACUCUCUAUUUUGGCAUUGAUGGUUCAUCAAGACAGUAAAAUGUUAUAGUAAUGAAUGAAAAACAAGUGCCUUACAUCAAUAUAAAGAAAUUGUCACUUUUAACUUUUAAGUCAUUCUCACAUUCAUACAGUCAAUUGAGAGUUUACAAUUAACUCUGCAUAUUUUUGGACUGUGGGAGGAAACGGGAGAAUCCAGAGAAAACCCAUGCACACAUGGGGAGAACAUGCAAACUCCACACAGACAGGCCCCUGGUUGGAAUAGGCCUUCUUUGCUAUGAGGCAACAGGGUAACUGUCUGUCCAGCAUAUUGCAAAAUGUUUUUUUUGGGGAAAAAGGUCUUUAUUUUUAAUGGUAGUGGUUUUUCACAAACAUUUAAUGCUCCUUGUUUAAUAAAAACACAACUUGCAUAAUAAA